AAUGAGAGCGAGCAGGUGUGAGUGGUGACGUCGCUGGACGCGCUUCAUAAAAUCCGCGACGUGGGCAGAAGAGGUUGUCGUUGAAGCUACAAGCGUCACGUUCAGAUUCUUCUCGCGUACCGACUCGACCGCGCGUCUUCCUCUGCCAAGAUGAGCGACCUCCAUGCAGCCACCCUGAAGCUCCUGUCCACCUUCAAUGAGCUCGCCCGCGACAACGCGGUUAAAGAUUGUCUGAAGAAGGAGAAGUUCAGGAGCUUCCUGAAUGGGGAUAAGGGCAAGAGUCUGAUCCAGAAUCCCGUGGAUGGGUUCGUGGUGAGCCGCAUUCUGAGGGACCUUGGCGAUGACAAAGAUGGGGAAGUCGACUUCCUCGAGUUCGUGAUCACGAUCGCGGCCUUGAAAUUCUGCUGCCACCCCAACUUCCGAGCGCACCACGAGCGGAAUGGCAGGACCCACGCGCUGUGCGCAUUCAAAGAGUAAACGCGUCUCGUGCAUGAUACGGAUGCUGUGAAAUAAACAUUGUGGUUGCAUCAACGUGGCGCGUUUCACUUUACUCUGGGUAUAGAAACAGCCGCGGUGGUCAUCCAUGCGCUGUCCUUUGCAAUGUCCACGAUGGGCGGCUACCACGAUACGUCUAGCGAUAUGGAAUGCCAGGAAUCCAUUUAAUGCUUUAAGUUGUGGUUUCAUAACUGGAAGGAUGACUGAAGUUAACCAAAUCUAUUAAUUUUAUGCUCGAUUGCUUUAACGAGGUUUAUGCGCAAUAUCAACAGCGCGAUUCUAAAUAUUACCAAGAUGGUUAUCUGUUUUUUUUUUUACAACCUCCAAACAUUAUUAUCGCAAAAGCCCCGUUCCCACAAUUGGCAUCAUAACCGCAACCACCGUGUGCUUUGGAAGGUGGCUUUAGGGCUGAUUUCCAGCCUUUUUUUACCGUUCCAAGUAUCUGAAAUGGGAGGAGGGGGGGGUAGAAAAGAGAGUUGCAGUUUCUUUACAUUUUCUUUAAGGAUUUCGGCACGUUCAUCUCAUAAAAAGCAAAGUUGUGAAUGUGUGUGUGUGUUCAAAAU